CCAGGUAGAGAGAGGAGCGGCGCACAAGAGCUCUCUCUCUCUCUCUCUCUCUCUCUCUCUCUCUCUCUCUUUCCGCGCUCUCACUGUCCUGAGAAAUUACAACAUUCGUCCAGGGGUGAGCAGCCCUAUCAAUCCUCUGUUACACUAUUGCAAAGAAGCUCGAGCCUUUCUCAUCUUCAGAUUCUCGAGCUGUGUCCAGCUGGCAGGCUUUUAAAAUGGCGUAACACCAUUUCCAGUGAUGCCGGACCAUGACAACACGUCCCUCUUAAGUAGACAAACCAAAAGAAGAAGAGUUGACAUUGGAGUGAAAAGGACUGUAGGUACGGUGUCUCUAGCUUUCGCUCAUUUAAAAGCAAGCAAUUUUAGGGCCAUGAAUCCUCACGUGGUUGAGCAGGAUGUCAACUGCUCAGUGGUGCAGCACACAGACAGCGAGAAGUCCAACGUGCUUCACAAGUUGCUGAAGCGGACCAAUUCUUAUGAAGACACCUUGGUGACCUUUCCCGGAGCCACGAUCAUCUCCCAGCUGCUGAAAAACAAUUUAACCAAAAAUGGGGCAAAUGAAUCCGACUUUCAGAGCAAUGGUCUCUCCAGGACAGGUUCAGAGAUCCACCAGGAGGAUGUCUGCAGCUCCUCAUCACGGGGCAGCCCUCAGGAGUGUCUGUCCCCUUUCAGCAGGCCUUCUAUGGCACAAUUUGACAUUGAUCGGUUGACAGAUGAGCACCUGAGGGCUAAACGUGCCAGAGUGGAGAACAUAAUCCGUGGGAUGAGCCACUCUCCAAAUGUCACACACCGUAUAGGUGAGACUGAGCCUGACGGAGCGCCCCAGCCCCUAAGCCCUCGAGAGAGUUACAGGGAAAACAAGCGUAAGCAGAAACUACCCCAGCAGCAGCAGAGUUUCCAGCAACUCAUUUCCGCUCGCAAAGAGCAAAAGCAUGAGGAGCGCCGUCAUCUCAAACUACAGCUAGAGGACAUGCAGAAGCAGCUCCGUCAGCUGCAAGAAAAGUUCUACCAGAUAUAUGAUAGCACUGACUCUGAGAAUGAUGAGGAUGGACAAUUCUCAGAGGAUAGCCUGCAUUCUGAUGGAAUGGACAAUCAUAUCUCUGACUCUGUUACAAACCGCUCAGAAAAUGAGAUGUCUGACCUGGAUCCAGGGCAUUUCUUGGACCAAGCCCAGGCACUUAUUUGCGAGCAACCCGCGAUGACCGAGGGAGAGAAGCCCAAACGGGACGGCUCUCGAGGAAAAGGUCACAGAUCGACGUCCAUGCAUGCAGAAGGGAAACAACUAGCAGAAACGCUGAAACAGGAACUAAACACCGCAAUGACCCAGGUGGUGGACACAGUCGUAAAGGUCUUUGCAAAAACCCCAUAUCCACUUCCUCAGGGCUUCCCAACUGUACAGACACCUUCUGACCGCUUCGCAGUGAAUCGUGAGAACCCAAAUUUUCACACUAAUAACCAGCGUUUACCGUGUUUUGGUGACGUCAUUAUUCCAAAUCCCCUCAAUUCCUUUAGCAACAUGCGAGUGCCGAGCUCAAACGACCAAACAGAGGCCUUGCCUCUAGUGGUGAGAAAGAACUCUACAGACCAGCCUGGAUCUCUACCCACAGCCGCAAAUCACCACCCCGGUCUUCACCCGUCACCAUUAUCCUCAACUAUGGCCUUCAGUCCUCCAUCCUUCCGACAUCCUUUUCCUCUUCAUAUAAUGGGUUAUCCUUUCCAAAGCCCUCUAGGUGCCCCAAGUGGGCCUUAUCCAGGCAAGGACAGGUCUUCUCCCGAGUCUAUGGACCUGUCUAGAGAAACCACUAGCCUACGGACCAAGAUGUCAUCCAACCAUCUCAGCCUCCAUCGUCCUAUCUCGCCAACGCAUCCGGGAAACCCUGAAGGCCUUUCAAUAUCGCUCAUCAAGUCUGAAUGUGGGGAUCUCCAAGAUAUGUCUGAUAUCUCUCCAUACUCAGGAAGUACAAUCCAAGAAGGCUUAUCUCCCAACCACUUGAAGAAGGCCAAGCUGAUGUUCUUCUACACCCGCUAUCCCAGCUCCAACAUGCUGAAAAUGUUCUUCUCUGAUGUGAAGUUCAACCGCUGCAUCACCUCCCAGCUGAUCAAGUGGUUCAGCAACUUCCGUGAGUUCUACUAUAUCCAGAUGGAGAAGUUUGCUCGGCAGGCCAUAAACGAUGGCGUGACCGGUGUGGAGGAACUAACGGUCAGUCGAGACUGUGAGCUGUAUCGCGCUCUCAACAUGCACUAUAACAAGGCCAAUGACUUUGAGAUGAAAGCUUUACUCUGCCCCAUCCCCAUUUUAUGUGACAUUCAUUUAUCAGCCAAGAGUGUUUGGCAUCCCUUUGCCUACAAGAGCUGUCCCAGUGACCACUAACCUUGGUAUGUCCUGACACUCAUGAUGAGUGUCUGCAGAACACAGUAGGCUAGCUGGCUGCUAUGUCAAGUCUUUAUUGUGUACUGCCAAGGAUGGGGGACAAUCAAACAAAGGACCCUGAAGACUCUAUAUCUCAUCAAUGGAGAAGGAAAAGAAGAACCUUUCCCUGUUUAAUCCCCAUAUAAUCCCUAUGCCAUAGAAGAAACCAAGAGAGAACAUUGGAAGAUAUGAAUAGCUCAUUAGAUGUCCAUGAAUAACUCACAGCUCAAUUAUCCAAUCAGAUCAUAAAUCCUGUUUUUGUUUUUAUUCUUUCUUUUUUUUUGUUAUAUCAUAGUAACCAUUAUUACUAUAGCAUGGUAUUUUGUUAAAUCUGAAUGCAAAGUUAACGAAAGAGACACAGCUGAAAGGUUAUUACCAAUAUGAGAAGAAAUUCAGAAAAAUAAUAAUAAUGCACUCAACAAUAUUUAAAAUCUGAUUAUCACUGGAGAUUUUUAUAGCAAAUGUCCCAAAUGUCAUCUGUAGAUUUUAAUAAACAUUUUAGUGACUUUCAAAACGUGUAGAUUUUUAUGAUUAACCAUUUGCCGAAUAAUCCGAGUUGCACUAAUUUCUUGUCUUACAAGAUAAAAUUGAUCAAUCAGAAUUAUUUUUACAUUCAUUGGGUUUAUAGUUUGAUAGUUUGUCACCUAAAAAAACAGAAACAGGAGGAAGUGGAAGAAGUAAAGUGAUGAUAUGCAGUAUGAUUGUAAUUUUUUGAGAUGGAAUGGAUAGUUAACUGGAUAUUUCACUUAAUGCCAGAUGACCAAAAUAAAGUUGUUACUGAAGAUGGAUGAAUGGGUGGAUGGAUGGAUGGAUGAUUUUAUAAAGGCAAGGAAUAUAGUCAAGUAUUAAUUCUAGUUAUGUAUUUAGCUGUUGUUCUGUGAUUACUGGAUAACCACCAGAGGCUGGUGUUUAACCUGGACUUCCUCUAGCAUGCAUGUACACCAUAUCAGAGUACUUACUACAAGUACCCAAGUAACCAACCCUUGCAGAGGCAAGAUCCAACUUGGCAUCCAAAUUAUAGGGAACACUGGCUAUUCUAGUGGGUUACUGGUAUCUCAGUGGUUAUGUUAUGUUGGACUACUGAUCAGAAGUCCAUACAGAAGUAUUGCCAAGAUGCCACUAUUGAGUCGUAUAAGGGUUGAUCCUGACCUUCUGGAAUCUGGAGAAGUACAUGGUAGGUGCGGUACAGGACCCCCUGGAGCAGCAUACCUCUCAGCAGUGCCCAUGAGGUACAUCACAGCAAGACUUGGGAUUCCAGCCAGUUCAUCAGCUGUAGUUAUAACUUGUCACCCAGUGGGCUAACCUCUGUUUAGACAGAGAGGCACCCUGUGUCUUUGCAGUAAAACAAAUGAAUAACUGGUCUGAUAAAUGAAUAGCUGCCUUGUGGUUCAAAUAGUAUCAUAAGGCACAUACUGUACAUGUUAAAGAAGCUUCGGCAGAUUGACGUUUAUAAAACACUGAGAGGUCAGUUGCAUGGUUCAUAAAUUUGGGAUGAAUAAGCAUCAGUCAAGGAUGUGGGAACAUAUCCAGGAACCCACAAGACUACUGCAUCUUGUCCCAUAGGGCUGUUUAGUUCCACUAGCUGAGUACCACACUCAACAGUGUAGUGACUUGGUCCAUCUGUGUGUCAGGAUGCAAGAAUCAGUCACAAGUAUCAUCAGAAGAAUCUGGCUCAGUGGUAUAGUGUGACUUCUGGUGAGUAAAACCACUUGACCAUGGAAAAGGCACAUAACAACAGGUCUGUUGUUUAACAGAGAGUAGCCAAUGUGAAAGAACUGUACCAAGGGAGACCACACUUGCCAGUGGAGUACGAGGCAAGUGGCAUACUGAACAAUAGAACAGUUCGUAGCUUACUUGCAGACACUGCAGAAGUGAUGACCAGAAGCAUAAGCUAUGAUAAGGGUUCAUUUGUGAUGGCUAGACAACUGGGUCAGAAUACCUUCAAAACGGCACGUCUUGUGGCGUGUUCCCAGUGAAUUCCCAGUGGUUAGUACCUACCAAACGUAGUCCAAGAAAGGACAAACGGUGAAAUACUGACAGGGUCUUGGGCCAGGAAGCAGUAUGGGAACAAGGCAAGCUGGUGGAGGAAGUGUGAUGCUCAGGGCAAUGUUCUAGGUUCUGGCAUUCAUUUGGGUGUAUUUUGACACAUAGCUCCUACACUGUUGCAGUACACUGUUGAAGUACGACAUUUAAUAGCAACCAGGAAUGGUUUGAGGAAAAGAGUUCAAAGUGUUUACUUGGCCUCAAUUUCCCAGAUCUCAGUCUGAUCUAGCAUCUCUGAGAUGUGCUCGACAAACAGGUCCAAUCCAUGGAGGCCUCACUACAGAACUUACAGGAAUCUGCUGCUUAUGGCUUAGUGCCAGAUAUCACAGUACACCUUUAGAGGUGUCAGAGACCAAAGGUACCAUAGCAUAAAAUAACAAUCAUAUAUUCCAUUGUCCUUUCUAAUAGUUGGUUCCUCAUCCUAUGCAGUCAAUGAUGUUUGGAAACCAUAGACAUUAACAGAUGCUGGUUUUCUCUUCUGUAAUGAUACUUUAAUGCCAGGACUUUAAUGUACCUGUCCUUCGAGUGCUGCUUGUGGUGUUUUGCCUUUUUUCUUUUUUAAGCAUGUGAAAUACAAGAUUAAUUGUAUUCAGGUCAGAUGAUCGACAAGUGCAAAAUAGACUCUUACUAUGGGCUUAUACUCUAGUUGCUAGUGGACAGCUGAGUAUUUCUUGCCCCAUUCAAAUACUGUAACAAAAGUACUGUUGGCCAACACUGACGCUGACUACAUCACACACCCCAUCGUCCAAAGGUUUCACAACUAUUAUGGAAACCACCAAAAGAUUUAAACUUUCCUUUAAUUUUUCAGGUGGUUGAAACACUUCCAUUAAAUCUUUGUUUAUGUAAUCCCAGAGGUCACUGUUACUGACUUCAAGUACACAAUAAUGCUAGAUGCUAGAAACUAGUUUACAUCUUUACAUAAAAGGUCAUUUAAAAAUCAGUGGACCAAAAGUUUGGACGUUCAUCACUGGGAGUUAAUGGCUGAUUUGCAUGGAUUUUCCCAUGAUAUUAAUCACAAAAAGGUACUAAUCUCUAAAGGUAGACUCUUAAAUAUAGCAACAGGUGCACGCCAACAUAAAAUCCUGAUUAUGACAAUUGGCCUUCAGAAGAUAAAAAUCUUUUACCUCAGUUGACUGGUAAAUGAAAUCUGUUGUAGCAUGAAAUGUGUGAAAAAAUGUCAAUAGGAUUUUGUGUUUGGUUUUGGUGGUUUAAAAUUAACCGGAUUAUUAGUACAAAAUGAAUAGUUUCCAUAAAUGGGAGAAAGUGUGGCUGGGUCCUAACAUGUUAGAAGCAAUCCAGAAAGUUCAAUUCCCAAGAGUUUGUGAUGAAAUGAACUCAACACUUGUUCUGUUACAUUCUGACCCAGCACUAGGUUACAGAAAUGACCCACAGUGGAGCAUUUCUACUUAGGCCCCAGGAUGUGGUUGUCCCUCUUGUUUAAUUUGGGAUGUUAUUCAACUUUGCUUUGGUUACGUGGGGCAUGGAAUUGAAACUUAAUAUAUUUA